UCGCGCGCGGACGUGAGCACGGGCAGCGGUGCGUCGUCGCUCGGCCGCGAGAGCCGCAGGGCCGCUGCUGCUGCUGCUGCUGCUGCUGAGGGCGGGGCGACGGCGGUGUGGGAGGGCCGGGUUGUUGUCGUGCCUGAGGAGAAGAAGAAGAGCGGCGGCGGCCUCGGGUCGUUGUUCAGCUUCAGCACGAGCACGAGCAGGGAGAAGGAGCGGGAGAGGGAGAGGGAGAAGGAGAAGGAGCGGGCCCUUGCGGAGAGGGCGCGCGAGAAGGAGAGGGAGAGGGAACGGGAGAGGGAGGGGCAGAAGAAGAAGCUGAGCAAGGCCAAGCGGUGA